CCUCGCCCCGCGCGCGGCGCCGGAGGUCCCGGCCGCCAUGGACCGAGGCCGGGUGCUGGAGCAGCUGCUCCCAGAGCUCACUGGACUGCUCAGCCUCCUGGACCAUGAGUACCUCAGUGACAGCACCCUGGAGAAGAAGAUGGCCGUGGCCUCCAUCUUGCAGAACCUGCAGCCCCUCCCAGCCAAAGAAGCCUCCUACCUGUACGUGAAUUCUGCAGACCUGCACUCGGGGCCCAGCUUCGUGGAGUCCCUCUUUGAAGAAUUUGACUGUGACUUCAGUGAUCUUCAGGACAUGCCAGAAGAUGACAUGGAACCCAGUAAAGGAGCCAGCCCAGAGCCAGACAAGAGCCCAUCUCUGAGAAAUGCAGCUGACCUGCCUCCACCACUGCCCAACAAGCCUCCCCCCGAGGACUAUUAUGAAGAGGCCCUUCCUCUGGGACCCGGCAAGUGCCCUGAAUACAUCAGCUCGCACAAUGGCUGCAGCCCCGCCCAGUCAAUUGUAGAUGGGUACUAUGAAGACGCAGACAGCAGCUACCCCACCACUAGGAUGAACGGCGAGCUGAAGAACUCCUACAAUGACUCUGACGCCAUGAGCAGCUCCUAUGAGUCCUAUGAUGAGGAAGAGGAGGAAGGAAAGGGGCCACAGCCCCGGCACCAGUGGCCCUCAGAAGAGUCCUCCAUGCUCCUGGUACGGGACUGCAGGAUAUGUGCCUUCCUGCUUCGGAAGAAGCGCUUCGGGCAAUGGGCCAAGCAGCUGACCGUCAUCAAGGAGGACCAGCUCCUGUGUUACAAAAGCUCCAAGGACCGGCAGCCACACCUGAGGCUGGCACUUGAUGCCUGUAGUGCCCUCUACAUCCCCAAAGACAGUCGGCACAAGCGCCAUGAGCUGCGCUUCUCCCAGGGAGCCACUGAGGUCUUGGUGCUGGCCCUGCAGAGCAGAGAGCAGGCUGAGGAGUGGCUGAAGGUCAUCCGGGAGGUCAGCAAGCCUGUUGGAGGAGCCGAGGGGUUGGAAGUCCCCAGAUCCCCAGUCUUCCUGAGCCAGCUGGACCUGGACAAGAGGUUGUCCCAAGAGAAGCAAACCUCAGAUUCCGACAGCCUGGGCAUGAGUGAAAGCAGUUCCACCCUCGGCCACCGGGAGGCUUGUGAACAUGGCAAGGGGAAGAAGAACAGCCUGGCUGAACUGAAGGGCUCUGUGAGCAGGGCUGCUGGCCGCAAGAUCACCCGUAUCAUCAGCUUCUCCAAGAAGAAAGCUCUGGCCGAGGACCUGCAGACCUUUUCUGCUGAGGAGGAAGUUCCGUGCUGUGGCUAUCUGAACGUGCUGGUGAACCAGGGCUGGAAGGAACGCUGGUGUCGCCUCAAGUGCAACAUGCUGUAUUUCCACAAGGAGCGUGGGGACCUGCGGACCCACGUGAACGCCGUCGCCCUCCGGGGCUGUGAGGUGGCUCCAGGCUUUGGACCCAGGCAUCCAUUUGCCUUUAGGAUUCUGCGCAACCAACAGGAAGUGGCCAUCCUGGAGGCAAGCAGUUCAGAAGACAUGGGUCGCUGGCUUGGACUGUUGCUGGUGGAGAUGGGCUCCAAAGUCACCCCAGAGGCUCUGCAUUAUGACUACGUGGACGUGGAGACCUUAACCAGUAUUGUCAGUGCUGGGCGCAACUCUUUCCUGUACGCAAGAUCCUGCCAGGAUCAGUGGCCUGAGCCCCGUGUCUAUGAUGACGUCCCUUACGAGAAGGUGCAGGAUGAAGAGCCUCAGUACCCCACGGGGGCACAGGUGAAGCGCCAUGCAUCCUCCUGCAGUGAGAAGUCCCACCGAGUUGACCCUCAGGUCAAAGUCAAGCGCCAUGCUUCCAGUGCCAAUCAAUACAAGUAUGGCAAGAACCGAGCUGAGGAGGAUGCCCGAAGGUACCUGGUAGAAAAAGAGAAGCUGGAGAAAGAGAAGGAGACAAUUCGGACAGAACUAAUGGCCUUGCGGCAGGAGAAGAGGGAGCUGAAAGAAGCCAUCCGGAGCAGCCCAGGAGCAAAGCUGAAGGCCCUGGAAGAAGCUGUAGCCACCCUAGAAACUCAGUGUCGGGAGAAGGAGGAGCGCAGGAUUGACCUGGAGUUGAAGCUCGUGGCUGUGAAGGAGCGCUUGCAGCAGUCCCUGGCAGGGGGCCUGGCCCUGGGGGUGUCUGUGAACAGCAAGAAGUGUGGGGAAACUGCAAAUAAACCCCAGAACAGUGUCCCAGAACAAUCUCUCCCUGUCAACUGUGUUUCUGAGCUGAGGAAAAGGAGCCCAUCCAUUGUAGCCUCCAACCAAGGAAGGGUGCUACAGAAAGCCAAGGAAUGGGAAAUGAAGAAGACCUAGGAAGAGAAUGAGAAUUCCAUACCAAAAAGAGUAUUAUCUUGCCCAACUAAGGCAGAAAUGCUUUUUUCACAAAGAAACACCAGGAAAAGACUGGAAGCAGCUCCCACUCUGUGGGAUGAGGGACACCCAAAAGACCAGCUUUGUUUUCUGCAUGAUUUGGGGAGGUUUUAGGGUGGGAAGGAGUAGAAAGGAAGGUGGAAAUAGAAGGCAUCUUUCUGACUUUCCAAAGAGUAGAUAUGGGGGUGGAUGGAGACAGAUGUAUGCACGGUUGUAAAGGUUUUGCUAAAUGCCUUUGCCUUCCCUUCUGAAGAAGAAACGAAAGCACAUGUGAAUUGAAUAAGUCACUGCAUCCCAUCUCAGCAUCCCACUUCCAGUCCUUAAGAAGACAGUGAGGAAGCAUCGGUGGUCCAUGAAGAGAGAAAAGACUCAGUCACCAGUCACUUGUGUGGCUGCCUUCCCGUUGGGCAUUACAGGCAAAUUCUGGGCAAAGCUGAUAGGCUACAAAGUCAGUAUCAUCCCUCCAUGCGCACAAGCGCACAAAUGCCACAGAGAACAUGCAGAUUUCACAGUCAUUCCUCAUCAUUUCAGAGCUACAGCUGUGCAGGGAGCAUGUACUGGAGUUUUCAGGAUUUGAGCAUUUAAAAAUCUGAUACGUAAGGACCAGAGGGCAAAGAAACCUGAUCCGCUAACACAUCUUAAACUCACAGUGACAAAGCAUGGAGCUCUAGUAUCCACAGAAUGUUCCCAGUAUUUGAGGGUGGAGUGAUUUGCUGUCAAGUCCUUACCUGCUUUAAAAACCUUACCAUUAGGCUUUCAGACUGAGGUUGGAAAACUAUGUCUUGAGCCUAAUGAAAUCUUCGUCUUGCACUGGAAGGCACAAGAGCUUGACUUCCUGGUCUGCUACAAAGUAAGACCAUCAAUGAAAAUCAACAGGUUGGUAGCUUGUUCCUGCCACAAAGGUGCUAAAAGCAUUUUAUAGACAUUGGAUAUUUUGAUAGGUAAAACAAGAACCUCAAGUCCUGGGCAGCCUUCUUUCUAUGCCACUCACUACUGUCUCAGUAUUGUAGGCACUUUAUGGGUCUGUCUUUUAACAUAUUUUUCCCCAAUAAAGAUGAAACUGUUUAACUGUGUGAA